CGCGGAGCGUGAUCUGCGGCCUCGUUUUCACAAGGGGCAGUCGAGGGGACAGCGCAGUGAAAGGCAGUUUAGCAGUGGGGCUGUUCUCGCCACUGGACCCCAAACCCCUCAGCCCGGGCCGGCCCGAACACACAAUCAGCCGCUGGCGUCCCGGCUGAGAGGACGGGGGCCCGACAGAAAGACCCCGGGACCCCUUAGCCCGAGCGUGUCGCCGAGCCGGUCCCCGGAUUCUCCCUCCGGAACCAGCCUGCGCACAGGCGACGGGGUCGGGGGCUCCGGGACCCAGACGGACCGAGGGCCGGAAGUGACGCCAGCUGGCCCGCUUGGGGUGUAGGGGGUGGCGCUCUGUGCUCGGCGGCGCUGCCAUGGCACACAUUACCAUCAACCAGUACCUGCAGCAGGUGUACGAAGCCAUCGACACCAGAGAUGGAGCAUCUUGUGCAGAGUUGGUGUCUUUUAAACAUCCUCAUGUUGCAAACCCACGACUUCAAAUGGCCUCUCCAGAGGAGAAGUGUCAGCAAGUCUUGGAACCCCCUUAUGAUGAAAUGUUUGCAGCUCAUUUAAGGUGCACUUACGCAGUGGGGAAUCAUGACUUCAUAGAGGCAUACAAGUGCCAGACCGUGAUCGUCCAAUCAUUCUUGCGAGCAUUCCAGGCCCACAAAGAAGAAAACUGGGCUCUGCCUGUCAUGUAUGCGGUAGCACUUGACCUUCGAGUGUUUGCUAAUAAUGCAGAUCAGCAGUUGGUAAAGAAAGGAAAAAGCAAAGUUGGGGACAUGUUGGAAAAAGCAGCAGAGUUACUGAUGAGCUGUUUCCGGGUCUGUGCCAGCGACACCCGUGCUGGUAUAGAGGACUCUAAGAAGUGGGGCAUGCUGUUUCUGGUGAACCAGUUGUUUAAAAUCUACUUCAAGAUCAACAAACUCCAUUUAUGUAAACCCCUAAUUAGAGCAAUUGACAGCUCAAACCUGAAAGACGAUUACAGCACUGCACAGAGAGUAACAUACAAAUACUACGUUGGACGCAAGGCCAUGUUUGACAGUGACUUUAAGCAAGCCGAGGAGUACCUGUCAUUUGCCUUUGAGCAUUGUCACCGUUCUAGUCAAAAGAACAAAAGGAUGAUUCUGAUCUAUUUGCUUCCAGUAAAAAUGCUAUUGGGUCACAUGCCCACUGUUGAGCUCCUGAAAAAGUAUCACCUGAUGCAGUUUGCGGAAGUAACCAGAGCUGUGAGCGAGGGCAACCUGCUGCUGCUGCACGAGGCGCUGGCGAAGCACGAGGCCUUCUUCAUUCGCUGUGGGAUCUUCCUCAUCCUGGAGAAGCUGAAGAUCAUCACCUACAGGAACCUCUUUAAGAAAGUGUAUUUGUUACUGAAAACACACCAGCUGUCUCUGGAUGCUUUUCUGGUUGCCUUGAAAUUCAUGCAGGUGGAGGACGUGGACAUUGACGAAGUUCAGUGUAUUCUGGCUAACUUGAUAUACAUGGGCCACAUCAAAGGCUACAUAUCGCAUCAGCAUCAGAAGCUGGUGGUCAGCAAGCAGAACCCAUUUCCUCCGCUGUCCACGGUGUGCUGAGUGUGUGCGAAGCCCUGAGGACGGCCUGAUGAAAACCUGGAAUUCCUUUUUCACAAAACUCGGCUGGUUCUGGAGUCUUUGUGAAACUUCUUUGAAGGAGGCUUUGCGUGAAGGCAGCUCCGGCUCACUUUUCCUAAGUGUGGUUCCUGAAGGCUGUCUUUGUAACUUUUUGUAGUUCUUUGUAUAAAAAGGGUAUUCUGAAUUUAUACACAUGGCAUGUUCUUCAUUAUAUCUUCCAGGAUACAUCUAUUUUUAUAUAUUAAAUUUGAAUAUGUUAUCAAAAUGCUUGGUUAACUUAAGGCAUCUUUUUAAAAGCAGAAUUUAAUUUGAUUUAAAUUUUCCAGAUUUUAUAGCUUGCCCGUAUGGAUGCUCCUCAAUUUAUGAUGGGGUUACAUCCCAAUAAACUUACUUUAUUUACCUUUGC